AUGAAUAGAAAUAACCUAAGUCUAAACGGUCUCCGGAAGACGGAGAAGAACAAACGACGACCGAUACUCAGUCAUCAUGAUCAAGAUGACUUAUUCAAGACCAUCGAAAAACUAAAAGGUAAUGCCGUAAAGCAGACGAAGAAACAAAUGGAGAAGCGGCGAAAGACGGUGGGAAGAGAAUACAAGAAAGCGCGGAAAGACAUUGAAAAGGAAGAUGCCAGAAGAAGAGCCAAGAUUAACAAGCACUACGAGAAAGCGCGAAAGACAGCAGAAAAGGAGAUAUCCAGAAGAUGGAGGAGGGAAAUUGCAGAAGUUGCAGCACAAUACCUAGAACGUAGAAAUCAGGCCGAGGCUGACUUAAAGCGACAGAAGGAAGCCGCAGCUUGGAUGAAGGAGAUUGCAAGCGAGGACAAGCGACGACGAAAGGUGGUGCCAAGCUGGAAGGAGGAGAUCAAGGUGUGGAAGAAGGAAAUUGUUAAGGAAAAGGCUCGGGUGAGGUACCGGCGGAAGUAGUAGGAAGCGGAGAAAGGAUGGAAGGGUUCCGACGAGUUCAGGAAGACGAGGCGUAAGGUCGGGAAUAAACUUUUUAAGAUAUAGAGAGGAAAGGGGUAAGUUGGACCUUACUCCGAUACUUUUCGCCAUUCAAGCCGACAUACCGGUGGGUGUUCAGGAGUUCCUGUUUAUGGGAAAGGCUGAGGUUUUGAAACUUUUUGAAUCCUCGAAGAGACCGCUGAAGUUCCAGAUUGCUCUUUAUUGUGUUUUGGAAAAGCUGCACCCACCGACGGGGAAGUCGCAGACGGACUCCCAGUAUUUCGACUGUCGCAACGCUGAAGUUUAUCCCGUGACUAACAUCUCCAAAAAGUACGACAGCGCGUGCGCCAAACUAACGGAAGAUUUCAGUAAAUUCCAGAAGAAUGAUUCCAGAUGGCGAUUCAGGAAUAUGGUUCGGCUGGAUGUCACCAUUACCGAAUUUGUGGUUGUGCGAGAAAGUAAGUUUUCCGAAAUUCCGAGUUUCUGGCGGAGAAAAUGGCAAUUGUGGCAGUGGGCUGUAACACGUGUCUUACAUCCGGUGGAGAAGGACGGAAACAUCGCCACGAAGAAGUUACGAUAG